CAUUUUUGUUUGUUAAAUGAAUCGUUUUUUUCAUGUUUGGCAGCAGCUUGCGUUGGUGUUUUCGAAAUUUUCACGUUGCCGUUGUUGUUCAAGUGAAUUAUUAGAACAAGACUAACCCCUUGAUAUUGUCGCUUAUUCCUUUGUGGAUUUGUUCAGUUAAUCGUCACAUCUUGUCAUUGACAAGUUCUUUAAAAAUUGCACGACUCAUUACUGUCUUGUUUAUACUUCAACUUCUAGUCAACAUAUUUGCUCCUUUGGUUGAAUUUUUUGGGGGAUUUUUCUCUUAACGACUAAGUUUGUAAACGAUUCCUUGACAAAUACAAUCCGUAAAUAUAACACUGUUUUUUUCAUAAAGGUGGUAUUUCAGAAUUUUAUUUUUAAGUCGAGCUGAUAAGAUUUUUAAAAUGCAACGUCAUUCGCAUUGAAAGACUUGCUCCAGCUGAUCUUGGCCAGCACAAUUCCUUUGCCCCGUGGCCAAGUACAUAGUUGCAAUAACAUUUUUAUCAACCAAAUGUUGUGAUGCAAGAAGUUAACACAGAAUUACUUUGCUUUAGUCAAGCCUUUUUCGAUGUAUUUCAUAAUGAUUUUAACUUUUCCAUUGUUACCAGUAAGCCACUUUUUUCCAUCAUCAACAUGUGUCAUUAAUCAUGACUUGGGCAAACCCAGCUCAGCGUUCUAACGCAGGUGGGUAAAUUUUUAGGUCAAAGAGUUUGUCAUUAUUUUUUUGUGAAACUGUAGCUGUCAUUACUGUGCAUAAGAAAGCUUCGACAACAAGACAGAGGUCAGUGUUUUUGUCCCGUCAGUCCUUUGAAAUCUCAAGGUUUAUCUGUCCAUGGUGCUGAAAUGCUCUUCUGGCACUGUGGCACAUUCUCAUCGAGAGAUAUCUUUCUCUUCAUUGAUCCUGGUUGCAUUUUAAUAACUGUAGGAUAAGAUUUUCGUUCACAUAUACUGUCUCUUUGUGCCCCCUUUCCUUUUGCAACUUUCAGAAAGCUGAAGUAACGUAAUCUUAAACCAAAUUUCAUUGGGCUCAGCUGUGCUGGGCUGAACUUCUUUACACCUGAGGCAAUACAAUUAAUAGACAGCGAGUGUUUUUAAGGACUACUCCAAAUCAUGCAAGAUACAUGGACAGUUCGUUUUAACUCGAAGAAAUUAUUUUCCUGUGUGAUUUGAGAGUUUGUUCUGAAUGUUUUUUCAAGUUCAUGUGAAAAAGUAAAAGGAGGGCUCUUGGUGUCGCUGUUGGCUGACAGAAAACGGACAUUCUCCACUCCACCCACUGCUGUUCGUACUACACAGAUCUCAGUUGCAGAUUUUACAGAGAAACGGUUCCAUUUCCGAGCUAUUUCAUCGUGCACAGUUCUGAUAAGUGUUGGAUUAUCAAGUAUUUUUUGCUGAGCAUUUGUUGUUUUCGUCCUGUGAAAGAUAAGUCGUACAAGCUGAGGAGCCUUUUUGUGUCAGGAUGGGAGACAAAGGAUUCUCAGCGCUCCGUAUGAGCGUUUGCUUCGCUUUCUUUAUUGUAGCGCUGCACCUCGUUAAUGGAGACCUGAGUUAUUCUGUCCCAGAAGAGAUGAAACGCGAUUCUGUCAUUGGAAAUAUCGCCAAAGAUCUCGGUCUUGAUGUGAGGACUUUGUCCUCCCGAAAGGCCCGUGUUGAUUUUGAGGGAAGUCAGAAGCGUUACUGUGACAUUAAUCUGAGAACGGGGGAUUUGAUCACAUCGGAGAGAACAGACAGAGAAAGCCUGUGCGGCAAGAAACCGUCGUGUGUUGUGAAGGUAGAUCUGGUGUUAGAAAAUCCAUUGGAGCUUCAUCGAUUAAGUCUUCAUAUUCAAGAUGUCAACGACAACUCGCCAAAAUUCAGAGAAAGUUUGAUUGAAAUGGAAAUAAGUGAGUCGGCAGAUAAGGGUAAUCGCUUCUCCAUCGAGGAGGCCCAUGACGCAGAUAUUGGUCAAAAUGCGGUUCAAAGGUACAACCUUCAGAAGAACGACAACUUUAUUCUCGCUGUUGACAGCAACAAGGUUGAACUCGUACUGGAAAAUACACUGGAUCGAGAGAAACAAAAAGAGCUUAAUUUGCUCCUGACAGCUUUAGAUGGCGGCUCUCCUCAGAGAUCAGGUACUGUGGUCAUACACGUUACUGUGCUGGAUGCUAAUGAUAACGCCCCAGUGUUCAGCCAGGCCGUUUAUAAGGCCAGUCUGCCAGAAAACUCUCCUGCAGAUACCACAGUGAUUCAUGUUAGUGCUACAGACGCAGAUGAAGGAGUGAAUGGAGAUGUGACGUAUCAUUUUGGCCACGUGUCUGAUGACGACGUAAAUGUUUUCUCUAUUGAUCCUAAAACGGGAGUAAUUAGAGUAACAGGAGUGAUUGACUUUGAGGAAAGGAGUUCCUUUGAGAUGAGAGUGCAAGCUAAAGAUGGUUUGGGGUUAACUUCGUAUGCUAAAGUUAUAAUAGAUGUUACUGAUGUGAAUGACAACGCUCCCGUGAUCUAUCUGAAAUCACUGACUGACCCCAUACCUGAGAACGUGUCACCUGGUACAGAGGUGGGCAUCAUUAACGUGCAGGACAGAGACUCUGAGACCAACGGACAGGUCCGCUGCUCCAUUCAGCAAAACGUCCCUUUUAAGUUGGUUCCUUCCAUUAAAAACUAUUAUUCUCUGGUGAGCACAGGACAGCUGGACCGUGAAGUGGUGUCUGAUUACAACAUUACAAUCAGUGCCACCGACGAGGGCUCUCCACCUCUGUCCUCGUCUAAAACUGUUCAGUUAUCUGUAGCAGACAUCAACGACAACCCACCUGUGUUUGAGGAGCAGUCGUACAGCGCAUAUGCGAGUGAAAAUAACAAACCUGGCUCCACUUUAUGUUCCGUGAGUGCUCGAGACCCCGACUGGAGACAGAACGGUACAGUGAUUUAUUCUCUGUUGGCCGGUGAGGUGAACGGUGCCCCGGUGUCCUCCUACGUGUCUGUGAACGGAGACACGGGGGUGAUCCACGCUGUGAGGUCGUUUGAUUAUGAGCAGUUGAGGAGUUUUAAAGUCCACGUGAUGGCCCGAGACAACGGUUCUCCUCCGCUGAGCAGCAACGUGACCGUCAGUGUGUUCAUAUCGGAUGUGAAUGACAACUGUCCUCAGAUCCUGUACCCCGCCCCGGAGGGCAACUCGUUCAUGACGGAGCUGGUCCCCAAAUCUGCCCACGGAGGCUCUGUGGUGUCCAAAGUGAUCGCGGUGGACGCGGACUCCGGCCAGAACGCCUGGCUGUCUUAUCAUAUCGUGAAGUCCACUGAUCCGGGACUUUUCAGUAUUGGUGUCCACAGCGGAGAGAUCAGGACACAGCGGGACAUUUCUGAAUCUGACAGCAUGAAACAGAACCUUAUUGUGGCAGUGAAAGAUAACGGCCAGCCCUCUCUGUCUGCCACCUGUUCCAUGUAUUUACUGAUUUCUGACAACUUGGCUGAGGUGCCCGAACUGAAGGAUAUUUCUUACGAGGAGAAGAAUUCCAAGCUGACGUCUUACCUUAUUAUCGCUCUGGUGUGUGUGUCCACGUUUUUUCUGACGUUCAUCAUCAUCAUCCUGGGUGUGAGGUUUUGUCGCAGGAGAAAGCCCAGACUGUUGUUUGAUGGAGCAGUCGCCAUCCCCGGCGCUUAUCUCCCUCCUAAUUACGCAGAUGUUGACGGCACAGGAACUUUGCGCAGCGCUUACAAUUAUGACGCAUAUCUGACGACAGGAUCAAGAACCAGUGACUUUAAGUUUGUGACGUCUUACAAUGACAACACGCUGCCAGCUGAGCAGACUCUGAGGAAAAGUCCAAGUGACUUUGCAGAAGUGUUUGAUCAACCAGAUGAGUCCUUUGAGGUAGGCCAUCUGUUUUUAACAUUUAACAGUGAUUGCGACUUUCCUGUUGUAUUGCCAUGGGCUGCUGUCUUUGCAUAUAAAUAUUUGAUUUUUAUUUUGGUUGACCUUGACGCUUUCCGUUCAGUACUCUAAUUUCUUGCAUAUGCUUCUUCAAAAUUUCUGGUUCGCUUUUAAAUUGAAUGAAUUACCUCCCACUACACCCGGUUUUAGUCAUUUGUCUGCGUGUCUGUGUAGUUUAAGUUUGUUUGUUUUCUUUUUCAUUCAUACAUUUUAAUCCGUAAUUAUGAGCGAGUUCACUGCACUCUGAUAUGUGCUCACGUAAAUGCUGUUAAAGCAACAAUUACGUGUAACCUCGAUGAAAGCCAUAUCAAUUUUCAGUCAAAUAUGUUUAUAGCUUAAGUCUUACGUCAGACCUCCUUCCGCCUAC